UUUUUUCUCUCUCUCGUUGUGUUGUUCAAAAGCGCGCGUGUUGUCUGUAUUCCGUUUCCUGCGAAUUAGUUACCACUACAGUGACUGUAGCUAUCAGCAUGGAACGUGAAGUGCUAUUCGGAAAUUCUGUGCGCCUCCCAACUGCUGACAUUCCUUCAUCGUGCGAACUUGAACUGCUGAAACUGUUGCGUGAAGUGGACAUGGCCUUCCUGGAAAAGCACCGGAUGUGGCGUUCGAAACACGAAAAAGCUGAAGCCCUGCUACGGCAAAAAGAUACGGAACUACAACAAGCACGCGAAGAGAUAUCUCAGCUUACGAAUCAAAUCCAAUGUUUAGAAACAUUUCAAGGCGAUAUGGUCAACAAAUACGACAAACGCAUCGCUGAUCUCAAGAACGAUGUCGCCAAAAUAAAGAAGCGGUACCAGUCCCUGAGGAGUGCCGCCGACAACAGGUGUACCUCCGAGGAAGAGGUACACGACGCGGAGUUACUGGAAAGGGAAGCCCAACUUUGGAGGUCUCGAGCCGUUGAGUUGGAGAAACAGUUGAGACAAGUUGAAGAUGAUGUGGAAGCGCGGCUGAGAGAGCUGUACGAAGAGAAGAUACGGUCUGCGGUUGCUGAUAAAGAAGGUGUUAUCGACAGGUUGAGCGAAAAGGUGUUGGAGUUGACGAAGACCGUGAGGGAACUCGAAAUCAGUCGGACAGGUUUUCAGUUCUUGGAAGAUGGGGAAGGGUUGGUAGAAGAAGCAUUGAGGACGUUUGAGAAAAGGCGUUCUCACAUAGAGAGUGAGGAAUUGGACAGCAGGAUCCGCGGUCACAUGCAAGAACUCAUGAGCAAGUUGAACAGCGAUCGAGAAGCAUUGAAAGCAUGAUUUGUGGUAUGACAACGUAAGAUGGUUCAAUAAAGGCUGUCUCAAGGCACGA